AUGUGUGACCCGGGCGAGCCACUCCCUGAGCGCCUGCUGAACAGGACCUUGGAGUUGGGCCCUGGGACCCUGGUUGUCCUCGCCCCACCACAUCCUUCAGGGAACAUCACCAUGCUCCUGCCCAGCGGGGACCUGGUGGGGCCUGGGGCUGAGGGCGGUGUCAGACCCGAGCUCAGCUCCCAGGAGCCGACGGCUUUGGGAACCACCACUGCAGUGCCUGUCACCGGUCCUCAGGUCAGCUCCUUGCAGAGGUUGGCCGGGCAAGGAGCAGCAGUGCUACCUCAGGUUAGGCCAAAGACUCUGAUUCCAGACAGCCUCCCAGUCACCCCAGGCCGGGACCGGCCCCCCAAGCAGCCCCCAGCGUUCCAGAAGGCCACUGUGGUCAGUAUCAAGAACCCCAGCCCAGCCCUCCCCACUGCCAACAACACCGUUAGCCACGUGCCAGCAGGCAGCAGCCAGCCCCAGGCCCGCGCCGAGCCCACCGCCGUCGCCUCUCCUCUGAGCAGCGCCGGCGUGGCCUACACCAUCCUCUCCACCUCCAGCAAUGCCACCGCCAUCACGCCCAGCACCGCUGUGUCUGUGGUCAGCGACAGCAUCAAAGUCCAGCCCCUCCUCAUCAGUGCCGACAACAAGCUUGAGGCCACCAGAACAGAAUGGGUGAUAUCUGAAGGCCCCAAGUCACCUGGGGCCGCUCUGGGGCAUGGGUGCUUGGCUCAGGACAAGGCUGCGGGCGGCAGAGAGGCGUUGGGGCAGGAAGGAGGGCACGAAAUCCAGAGCAAGCGCCAAGAGCGGAAGAGAAGAAGCACGGCCAACCCCGCCUACAGUGGCCUCCUGGAGACCGAGGCCUUAAAGAAGGAUGAGGGUGUGCCCUGGACUGGGAUGCUGGCCAUUGUGCACUCCUAUGUCACCCACAAGACAGUCAAAGAAGAGGAGAAGCAGAAGUUGCUACAGAGAGGCAGCAGGCUGCAGAGCGAGCACCAACAGCUGGAGGAGAGGGACCGGCGCCUGGCCUCCGCUGUGAAGAAAUGCCUGGAGCUCAAGACAAGCCUGCUGGCCCAGCAGAGGGGCACCCAGUCGUCCUUGGAGCGCCUCCGGGCCCUGCUGAGACUGAUACAGGGCGAGCAGAUGCUCCAGGUCACCAUGACGACCACCAGCCCCGCCCCGCUGCUGGCUGGGCCCUGGACCAAGCCCUCCGCAGCAGCCAUGCACUCUGCCCUCCAGCACACCCAGGAGCACAACUGA